CCAUGAUUUCAUGAAAUACGCUACGCCUGGGGAGGCGGGACCGGUGCCAAGGGCGGCUCAUCGUGGAGAUGACGGGCUGGUACCCUCCGGGACAGGAUGGUGCUGUUCCCCUUGAGAUCAGAACAUGCAUGGAGUGAGGCCGUGAAGACCGAGGAUAGCAGCGUAAGUUGUGGAGCGAACAGCGACUACCGCUGUGGCUACUGGCUAGCAAGUUGCGAGCGCAGGGUAUGGCGAAAAGGAGCUUCCUCUUGGAGCAAGACUCGAGUGUUACAGAGCUUAGCUUCCGCAUCUGCAACGCGUGUGAUUUCAUUUCACCUCCUGGCCAGUCAGCAACUCGUAAUCCAAUCACCGUCGAUGCCGUUGAACCUCCCCAACUUCCCGAGACAUUGCCAUGGUUUGGCCAUGGACGGUAAAGCGGUAUGUUUGCUCCUGAGAUUGAGAACUGUCUGUGUGCUCUGGGUUGUCCUCGGCGAAGAAAUCCGAGCUUUCAUCAAAAGUCUGUGUGUUGUUGACAUCUUGACAGCUAUCAAGCCCACACCCACGCCCACGCGCAACGAUCGUCUCCGAGCAAAGACAUGUGUAUCUGCACAUGGGGGCGCAAAGCCCCGUUGGUAAUAUCAUUGCUGACAAGAUAAUCAAGCACUAGUCUCGUCAAGGUACGGAUACACACGCCUGCAGGAGGCAGAGAAGGUGUGAGGGUCUAGGCCAAGCACUUGGU